AUGUACGAGACCUCCUCUGAGAACUACCUGAGCUCCGAGUCAGACUACUCCAACGAUGGAGAAGAGGAGUUGAGGGAAGAUUUACAGCAGGCUAAGAGAAAGUUGCAUCGGAUUCUUGUGUUGGAGGAAAUGAAAAGUCAGAAUAUUCAGCACAUCGCCUCAAUAUUGGAUAAAUCUGUCAGCACGAUGGAAGAGGAACACAGUCGGUCAAUGGCGCUAAAAACUCUAGUAGACAUGGACGCACCUUCUCCUAUCUGCUCUCAUGAGGAUCUCCCAGAUGAUUCUAAUCACGAAGAUGCAGAGCUUGAUGAAGAGUACGACAGCACUAGCAACAAAAAACCGGGCAAGCGAUCCAGCACUGCAUCCAGAGGUCGAGGGAGGAAAUCCAUGCCACGUGAUAACAAGGACGAUGAAUUGGAUGUCAUAAUGAACAAUAGCAGAGGAAGCUUUGGAGCAAAGAGGAAAACUAGGAAAAGGAGAGACAGGAAAAGUUCUCCGAGUUUACUGGACAUAGACCCUCCGGAUCCUGAUGAGCCGAGAUACUGUUCUUGUAACGAGAUAUCAUACGGGGAGAUGAUUGGAGUUACCCUCAAGUUUUCCUCAAGUUCAGAAUUCAGAAGGAUAGCGAAGCUACUCAUUGAUGGGGAUUGUCGUUUUGAGUUUGGAGUUUUCACAGUCCAGCAAACUGCGUGA